AUGGCUCCGAAACAGACAAGAAUCAGUGAGAGGAGUCCUCUUAUCAUUCCUAACCGCAGUGGCCACGACGACGAUGUCGAGUCAACAAGGUUGUCAUCUAGUCCCACUAGAAGUAGAUCUAGCUACGACAAAUACUUCGAGGAAAGCAAAAGCACCCUCUAUCUCAUUCUGUUGACUCUCAGCAUUGGCGGUCUGCAGAUAGUCUGGUCAAUCGAGCUUUCCAAUGGCUCACCGUAUCUUUUGUCUUUGGGCAUGAGCAAGGCACUUGUCGCUUUUGUUUGGCUGGCUGGCCCAAUGACUGGUGUUCUUGUACAACCUUACAUUGGCAUGAUCUCUGACCGAUGCCAAAUCUCUUGGGGCAAACGGAAGCCGUUUAUGCUUGCUGGUACUGCUGGUGUUGUUGGAACUUCACUUCUUCUGGCCUAUGCUCGACAAAUCGUGUUUCUCAUUGGAAGGUUCAAUGCGGACGCCGUCUACGAGGGAAACUGGAAAGGAUUCACUAUCGCUCUGGCCACGGUCAUGAUGUGGUGUCUUGAUUUCUCAAUCAAUACUGUACAAGCAUCGAUAAGAGCUUUCAUCGUCGAUGGAGCUCCGGCACAUCAACAAGAAGCUGCCAACGCAUGGGCAUCUCGCAUUGUUGGCAUCGGCAACGUCUUUGGAUACAUCGCUGGUUAUCUGGAUCUACCACGCCACUUCUGGUUUCUGGGCAAGGAACAAUUCCAAGUUCUCGUUGCCUUCGCCUCGAUCGUCCUUACAACGCUUGUUUUGAUCAGUGUUCUUACAGUUAGGGAAAGGAAUCCACAAGACGAGCCAGACAUGGGCGAUGAUGAGAACUUGGGCUUCAUUACCUUCUUCAAGACCGUCUUGACGUCGAUAAGACGACUGCCAACACCUAUUUACACCGUCUGCCAGAUUCAAUUUUUCAGCUGGAUGGGAUGGUUCCCUUUCUUGUUCUAUAUUACCACCUACAUUGGUCAACUCUACGUUAACCCGAGACUCGAACCUGGUCUUCCAGAUGAAGAUGUCAAUAACCUCUGGGGCCAGGCAACUCGAGUUGGAACAUUCGCUCUACUCAUCGAAGCUGUUGUCUCACUAUCUGCUAACGUACUCCUCCCCUUCCUGGUUGAACCAACAUACAAGCCGAAAGACAACGUCCCAACCACUCCACUUACUCCGGCAUCUCCAUUCACUACCAAACCCCGACCUCAAAUGAGACGCUCGGCAAGCUCAUUCAACGCCGACAUGGGACUACACCACGAACUCAACCAACCACGACCCAAAACCGCACCAAAAGGUCUCCACGGUGCCCUCGAACGACUCCGCAUCCCAGGCUUCACCCUCCGAAGAGCCUGGUUCAUGUCCCAAAUCCUCUUCGCCCUCUGCAUGUUCAGCACCUUCUUCAUCAACACCCCCCUCCUCGCCACAAUUAUGGUCGCCGUCGUCGGCCUCUCCUGGUCUCUGUCCCUCUGGGCACCAUUCGCCCUCAUCUCCGCCGAAAUCUCUCGACGAGAAGAAGAACGCCGAACCAGACAGAGGAAGAGACUGAUCAACGGGGACACCGACGCGUUCUUCGACGACAAGGACGAGGAAGAAGAUCGAGCAGGUAUCAUUCUUGGUCUUCACAAUGUAGCCGUCAGUGCACCGCAAGUAAUUGCGACGUUGGUGUGCAGCAUCAUUUUCAAGUUUCUCCAGAAACCUAGGAAUGUUCCGGGAGAUACUAGUGUUGCGUGGGCGCUGCGUCUAUCUGGUGUCGCGGCUCUUGGGGCAGCUUACUUCACGUGGAGAAUGAGAGAGUCUGUGAGUGAGGAUGAUGACGACGAGUGA